AUGAUCAUCAACAAUAAUACUCAAUCAGAUGUUGAACAACAUGCAGAAGAUGAAUUUCUUCAAUUUUCUUGCAUCAAGUUGACUUUACCUUCACUAUUCAUUACCCGAAUGAAAUCGAUGUAUUUGAUUCUUUUCUUAUUGGAUAAAAAUUGUUUAAGUGGA